GCUUUAGAUGUUAUUACUUUAUAUGAAAAAACUACUAAAUAAUAAUAACAAUCUUCUAGGGUUCGCUCAUCACCAUGACUGGCCCUAAGCGAGGGAUAGAUUUUUGUGACAAUAUUGCAAUUGAAUAUGACAUGAGGAUCAAGACAAGUGAACAAGAAAAUCAUGAUCUACAACUGAUUGAUGGUGCAUCUGCAAUAGGCAUCCCGGACUUAAGGAACUAUCAUGCACUCACAAAACGCAUCCAUGGUGAUUGUGGCGCGAUUGACAUAACAAUAUCACGUGUUGAGCAUGCCAUUGAGGCGACUGUGGAAGUUGUCAUAUCGGAAGUGCAAAGGAGUUUCCAAUUUUGUGUUGGUUGUUUUACUAGUGGGUUGGAUGAAGAAAUCCGACUCUUCGAUGGUAUCAUUGGUGGGUCACGAUGCUUAAAGAGGUCUGUAGUUGCUGUAGUGGUACGUUCUUGGAUGGAGUUGAAGUUCAAGGUAAGCCCGGACUCAUCAAAUUCGGCUGAACAUUGUUGUUCCUUCCGCGCGGACAGCCAUGGGCUUACUACUCAAAAGAUAAAGACUAAUCAUGCGUUAAUCUUGGUAAAGGUGACUUGGUCGCCUUUGCCUCUAGCUUUCUCUGGUCCAUAUAAACUCUAAUCAAAUUAAUUAUUUCCUAGUCGUUGCUCCUGACGGCUGUGCAUAUAUACUCAGCAUAGGGAUUCAAAUUGUAACACCGUGAGAAAAGGGAAAAAUAAAUAAGGAAAAGAAAAGGCACAACACAUGACAUUGGCCAAAGUUUUUAGUUCGUGCAUGCGUUUGUUGUCCUCUUUAUGUAAUCGAUAAUGUUGACGAAUCCCAACAAGAGGCUUGCUCCGGUGCACCCCCUAACUCAAUUUCCUAGGGGUAUUCUUGACCCCCGCCAUCUAUUUUUUCUCCGGCCCGCCGCUGCCCAUAUCCAAGCCCCGUAGCCCAUAUCCAAGCCCCGUAUAACCCGUAUGACCCAUACGUAUGUAUACGGUGACAUCCCGAAAAAAAAGGAUGACACGACCCCACGACGGCC